CGACAGCUGAGAGAGCAGCAUAGACGCACCAGCUUCCACUGAGAGACGGAGUAGUCGUUCCAUAACGCCGCCGCCGUUGUCGGCCAGUUGUGCACGGCUACAUCUGAACGAGUGCGUGUCGUCCUCCAUCCUCGAGCCGCAUCUUCCUCCGGCGCAGUCUCCUGCUCUCCAGUCUUCGCGGACAGCUUUGUCGCGUGGCGUUGCAGCGAUGGCAUUUUUGUGGGACAAGGCUGUCGGCAUGUACUACCAGUACGUGGUGGAAGCCACCGACAGCCGGGUUAAGAGCUGGCCACUGAUGGGCAGCCCAAUGACCAUGCUGACCAUCAUCGCCGGGUACAUCUACUUCGUCAAGGUGUGGGGACCAAGCUGGAUGAAAGGCCGCGAGCCGUUCCAGAUCAAGGGUGUCCUGAUCGCCUACAACCUCAUCAUGGUGGUGCUUAGCACUCUCUUCUUUGUUGUGGGCGGCUCCUACACGUACCUGGGACCCUACAACUGGCUCUGCCAACCUGUCAGUUACGGACGUGAUCCGGAUUCUAUGGCCGUCACGACUCUGGGCUGGUGGUACCUGCUGCUUAAGAUGGUCGAGUUCCUGGACACCGUCUUCUUCGUGCUCACCAAGAAGUUUUCGCACAUUUCUCUACUGCACGUCGUGCACCACUCGACUGUCGCGUGGACCGUGUGGAUGGGCGUCAACUACGGAGCUGGGGGCCAGAACGCCUUCUUCCCAUUCAUCAACUGCUUCGUGCACAUUGUGAUGUACACCUACUACGCCUUGGCUGCCAUGGGACCCGAGGUGCGCAAGUACCUGUGGUGGAAGCGUUACCUCACCCAGUUCCAGAUGGUUCAGUUCGUCAUCGGCUUCGUGCACGCUGCCAUUCCCGUUUUCUACGACUGUGGCUUCCCUCCCUACUUUGCGUACAUACUCAUGGGUGAGGCCGUUCUGCUUUUCUAUAUGUUCCGUAACUUCUACGCCAAAGCUUACAAGGCUUCUCAGACGGCGCGCAACGUGCAGCAGCGAAACGGUCACGUCAAGACAGCCGUCACAACGGGCACCGACGGAACGCAAGCAAAGCUAGGACUGAUCGUGCGUUCCAUGUCGAACCACGGGCUUGUACCGCACCGGGGCGGGUCCAUGACAACGCCGGUCACAUCUUAACGUCUGGCGGGCACAUCAUCGUCAAACCCAGGACAACGAAGCGACGCAGAGCUGUCACAAAGACUGUACGUUAUUUCGACUCGGCGCCGCCUCGGAAUAAGCCUAGUCAGCAAGCGACGUGCCUUCAGGACGCCCUCAUCCACUAGUCGCUAGAUAGCCCGUCUAGCGGCAAAGACGUACGUCGGUGACUUCCAGUGAUGCCUCAAGUGCUUCUCGGCGUUCCCGGCAAGUCUCGGCAUUCCAGUCAGGACUGAUCGUUUGCUGUUUUUUUUUUCUUUUCGUUUGUUUCACGUAGUGAUCCAACGGUGUCCCUCACAAGCAUGUCACUGUCGGGGCAGUCGGCAUCUCACGUUACUUCAGGUCGCUGUGUCUGCCGUUCCCUCGUAUUUAUGUUUCCCUGUUCUGUGGCAGUCUACGCGGCCAGCUGAUUCGGUCGGAGUGCCCUCCCGUAUUUCUCUUGUGAAGACAAAAAUCGUCCGGCCUCCCACGUAUCUCUGAUCUUGUGACCAUACCGUAGUUUUUUUUUAUUAACAUCGUUUCUUUCAAAGAGAUGCUGCUCAAUCUUGUGACGAGGCCAAACUACUCAUGUAUAGCUUGAGACGUUGCCCCAUACACCUUAGAUGUUCCACUACGAAACCGGCAUAGCCAGCUUCGUCUCGCGGAAGAAGCUGCGUGCUCAUAUGCUGGUUUCAAAUGUCAUUUACUUUGCCCUCGAGGGCGGUACAAAAUCUACGUUUUUCUGUCCAUUUGAAAUUCUAUCAGUUUUUUUUUUUCGCCCUUAAACUCGAAGCACAAAGUGACUGCUCAUUGCUCCAUUUAAGCAAACAAAUCCAUCCGAGCGUCCUGUAAAUAUUUUCCCAUCAUUGCUCAUCGUCAUCUGCGCUGAUGUAUUUGCAAGCUGCCACUGUUUGAAAUAAACUGCUGUAUCAUUGUUAUGAC